CCGCCCCCGGCCCCGCCUCUCCCGCCGCAGCUCUCAGUCCUGGAGCGCCGCUCGGCUGCCAGAGGGAAGCCGCCACCUGCUCCGGUGCGGAGUCGCUCCUCGCUGCGCGCCGGGAAGGGAGAGCGGCCGCUCCGCCGCCCGCGCCCGGGAAGUUCCCGCUCCUCCCGCCGCCGGGGGAAAGCCGCCGCCGCCGCCGCUUCCCGGCCCCGGAGGGGGGCAAGAAGUCGCCUCCGCGCUCGGCUGCGAGAGGGAAGACACCCACCCCCCCCACACCCAUUCCUCCUCCUCCCCCGCCGCGGGCGCGCCCGCCCCGCUCCGCCGCUGCCUCCCGGUCCCGCCGCGGGCAGGCGGGAUGAUGGAGCCCCCCGCCGCCGCCGCCGCCGCCGCCUGCGCCUCCUGCCGCCGCCGCCCGCUGCCGCCGCCGCCGCUGCUGCUGCUCUGCCUCCUGCUCGCAGCCCUCUGCCCGCCGACAGCUCUGGGAUUGUACACAGUAAAUGCAGUAUAUGGAGAUACUAUUACUAUGCCUUGUCGUCUAGAAGUACCAGAUGGUCUUAUGUUUGGAAAAUGGAAAUAUGAAAUGCCAAAUGGAUCUCCAGUAUUUAUUGCCUUCAGAUCAUCAACAAAAAAAAAUGUACAGUAUGAUGAUGUACCAGACUACAAAGACAGGUUGAGUCUCUCAGAAAACUAUACAUUAUCCAUCAAGAAUGCAAGAAUCAGUGAUGAAAAGAGAUUUGUAUGUAUGCUAGUUACAGAAGACGAUGUUUCUGAAGAGCCAACGAUAGUCAAAGUCUUCAAACAACCCUCUCAACCAGAAAUCUUACAUCGAGCAGAGUUCUUAGAAACAGAGAAGCUACAAAUGCUUGGGGAAUGCGUUGCAAGAGAUAGUUAUCCUGAAGGCAAUGUUACGUGGUACAGAAACGGGAGACUUUUGCAGCCCAUGGAAGAAGUUGUGGUCAUAAAUUUGCAAAAAAUUGUGGACAAAUCAACUGGACUCUUCACCAUGACAUCAUCUCUUCAGUACAUGCCAACAAAGGAAGAUGCAAAUGCCAAGUUUUCCUGUGUUGUGACAUAUUAUGGACCAUCUGGCCAGAAAACAAUACAGUCUGAGCCAGUUGUCUUUGACGUUCACUAUCCAACAGAGAAGGUGACUAUUCAAGUGCUGACACAAAGUAAUAUCAUUAAAGAAGGCGAUAACAUCACUCUAAAGUGCUCAGGAAAUGGCAACCCUCCUCCACAGGAGUUCCUGUUUUACAUUCCAGGAGAAACAGAAGGCAUAAGAAGCUCAGAUAUGUACAUAAUGACAGAUGUGAGGCGAAAUGCAACAGGAGAAUACAAGUGCUCUCUGACUGACAAAAGCAUGAUGGACUCGACCACCAUCACUGUACACUAUUUGGAUUUGCAGCUUACUCCUAGCGGAGAAGUCACAAAACAGAUCGGAGAGGCCCUGCCUGUGUCAUGCACGAUUUCGUCUAGUAGAAAUGCAACUGUGUUUUGGAUAAAGGAUAAUAUCAGAAUGCAAACAAGUCCAUCGUUUUCAAGUCUUCAGUAUCAAGAUGCUGGAAACUACAUCUGUGAAACUACUCUACAGGAGGUUGAAGGGUUAAAGAAAAGAAAGACACUUAAACUUAUUGUGGAAGGAAAACCUCAAAUCAAAAUGACAAAGAAAACCAACACAAAUAAAAUGUCUAAAACAAUUGUCUGCCAUGUGGAAGGUUUCCCCAAACCAGCAGUGCAAUGGACAGUUACUGGUAGUGGAAGCAUCAUAAAUAAAACAGAGGAGACCAAAUAUGUUAAUGGAAAAUUUUCCAGUAAAAUUGUAAUUUCUCCUGAGGAAAAUGUGACUUUAACUUGCAUUGCAGAAAAUCAGCUAGAAAGGACUGUGACCUCCCUGAAUGUCUCUGCUAUAAGUAUUCCAGAAUAUGAUGAGCCAGAGGAUAGAAAUGAUGACAAUAGCGAAAAGGUUAAUGACCAGGCAAAACUAAUAGUGGGGAUUGUAGUCGGUCUUCUGCUGGCUGCUCUGGUUGCAGGUGUUGUCUACUGGCUCUAUGUGAAGAAAUCAAAUGACACCAAAGGAAAGUCUGAGAAGGCAGCAGCACAGAACUUUUCAAGUCUGCCGAGGACAGCAUCAAAACACGUAGACAAAGAUCUUGGAAAUAUAGAAGAAAACAAAAAACUAGAAGAGAACAAUCAUAAAUCUGAAACUUAAGAGACCAAACGUGUCAGUCAUCGUUCCAGAGAAUACAUAUAGACCAAUCGAAGCAUGAACGUGGAUUGUAUUUAAACAUAUACAAAGAAGUGACAGCUAUUCAUGGUUCAAGUAUUAAACAGAUCAUACUACCAAGUUUUCAAAGGAUUGUAGACACAAUUAUCUCAAGCUAAAAAAAAAAAAAAAAAACCCACAAACUAAUUUUGGCAACAGCCAUGAUAAUAGGUCACCAUGUUGUGUUCUGUUUGAAAUAUUUUUUUGUAAAUGUCUGCACUGAAGAUUUCUUUUUGUUUGCCUUUAUGUAAAUUUUUUACGUAGCUAUUUUUAUACACUGUAAGGCUUUGUUCUGGGAGUUGCUGUUAAUCUGAUGUAUAGUGUAAUGGUUUUAUUUCAAUUAUUUUUAUGACACCCUUUGAGCAGGUACAUGUCUAAUUUUGAUUGUUAUCAGUGAAGCCUCUGCUUUGUAGCAAGUACCUAGAAUGUAAGAUUGUCUUAAAGGAAAACGUCAAACUCCUUUCUUUGAAAUCACAGCAAAGAGGAAGGGUGACAGCUGUGACAAGAACAAACUAAAUUGUUAAUAAAAGUGAACAUUUAAAAAACCAUGCAAAGCUAAACAGCCAGAAAGGGAAUAAAGAGUUUCCACUAAGAAGUCUGGGUAUUGAGCAAGGAACACAAUGGAAAUUCCUAGCCUGCAUACAGACGGUGGCUAAUAAUCCUUUUCUUCUAGAGCAAGACACACAUUUUAUUGAUAUGCUAGCAGUCGUCUUUCAUGUUAGAAUUAGGAUAAGGGACUGGAAUUCUGGAUUAAUUUUGAUUCCUUUAUGUUAUCCGCUGCCUUAAAGUACUGUACCUUUUCUUCAUUUCAAAAAGAUACCAGUCAGAUUUGGAAACUUUUUUUAAACAGUGGUCAUAUCAAAGCUGCAUUUUUUUUCCCACAAAAAUAGAAUAUAUAUAUAUAUAUUUUUUGUGUGUUUUUGUUAACUAUGCUACAGAUAUUGAAUGCACCUUGAGAUAAUUUUAGUGUUUUUAACUGGUACCUAAUUUAUCAAACAGUACAUAUAAUUGUAACAAUGAAGCGUCUAUGUAUCUUUAGUUACAUUCAAGUUUGUAACUUUAUAAACAUGUUUGAUGCUUGAGGGAAUUUUUAGAAUGGUACUGAUAAGAAAAUGUUUUAGGAUAAAGGGCCAAUAAAAAGUUGUACUUAAGGGAGAGAAGUUUCAUCUUCCAUGGAAGGUUAGUUUCUGGAAGAAAGUAACAGGCAGCUUAGGUGGAGAGGAACAGUAGUGUAAGCAGAACAUCAGGUUUCCAUUUACAAAUAUCCAGGGAAAAAGUAAGUUUUUAUAGACUGGUAGGCAAAAAUAAAUAAAUAAAUACAAGAAAAAGAUGGACGUUAGGAAAUGUAUUUUGCCACUUUUGAAUUACUUAGGGGGAAGAAAACACUGUUACUUGUAAAUUUGUAAAAUGUUAAAUGUCUGGGCAGUAGUGACUGAUGUCUUAAUAAAAGCUUCCUGUAGUGCAUUGGCAUGGAUUAAAUACAUAAGAUGUCCUAUAAACUCUAUGCUGUAUAAAAUAUUAGAGGGAAAUCCUGUUAUAUGCCUCUAAGGUUUGAUUUGUUACUGUUUUAUUUGGCAAAAGGAAAAAAAUUAUAAUCUUGGUCAAUAUUUAAACCAAAGUAAAAUGGGGGAAAAACCAAAGUAAUUUGUUUUGCAUGGCUAAGCCAUUCUGUUAUCUCUGUAAAUAUUGUGAUUUUUUUCUUUUUAGAAUUUUGUUAAAAAAAUUCUAAAAUUUUUAAACACCUGUUUUUUCCAAAAUAAAACGUGAACACACAAAAAAGUUACUUUAUAUACAAAUAUAUCUUUUUCUUUUGGUGCGAGAACACUGCCAAGUGAUACACAUUUAAAAAAAAAAAAACAAAAACAAAAAACAACAAAACCAAAACCAAACACACCGAGCAUGACUCUAAACAGGAAAAGUCCUGUGAAGGAGUGUGUAAACAUCACCUGUCUUUGUUUAUAUGACACUACAAAUAGCUCUGAAAUACGGAGAAGAAACCUCCAAAGAUCAUAAGGGAAAGCAUAGGGAAGGGCUGAAAAUUUUCAUACCACUGGUUGGGGAACACAGGGGAGAGGAGAAGACAAAAGGUCCUUCAACUUCCACAGCUACGAAAAAGGAUUAACAACCACUCCUCGCCUUUGGGGAUCCUGCUAGAAGUCCUAUGCACUUUAAAUCCUCAGUCCAAGGAGCUGGGUUUUUCACUGCUCCAAGUUCACUGUAGGCACGUUCCAAGAACCAAGAGCGCAAAAAGAAUUAAUGUUUCUAUCCAUGCCUAAACAACAAUAAAACUGAAGUGUGUCUUCA